AUGAUCAGGAGGUUCUUCAGGUUCAGCUUUCCUACACUUUAUACCCCUGGCCCAGUAAAAACUACCCAAAGAACCAAAGAUGCUGUUUUAAUUGACUAUGGGUCAAGGGAUCCUACAUUUAGCAGGAUGGUUGAAGAAAUUAAAGUUAAGGUACUGAGGAUUGCUGAGCUGAGCGAAACAGAAUAUACAACGAUUAUCAUGCAAGGACCUGGAUCAUAUGGAGUUGAAGGAGCCCUAGGAGCAAUUAAAAAAGAUGGGAGCGAAAAAAUUCUUGUGGCAAGAAAUGGGCAUUAUGGUAUGAACAUUGAAAAAAUAGCUAGGACACUUAAAAUCCCUUAUAAAGUGAUAGAAAAGCCAGAAAAUCAGUCAAUCACUCCGAGUGAUGUAGUAAAUGCAUUAGAAGAUAAUAUCACCCAUUUCUCAAUGGUCCAUUCUGAAACCCCUACAGGAAUGCUUAACCCACUGAGUUCAAUUUGUCAAGCUUUAAAUGAAACCAAGCCAGGGCUUGUAAAAAUCAUUGACGGGAUCAGCUCUUUUGGAAUGGCACCUAUUGAUUUAAAAUCAGCCAAAAUCCAUUAUUACUGCACAUCAUUCAAUAAAUUCUUACAAGGACACCCUGGUUCUGGACUUGUCCUUGCAGAGCUAAACCAAUUAAAAAAGACUAAAGGCUUAGCACAUUCCUUAUCUCUUGACUUAUAUGACCAAUGGGACUAUCAGCUUAAAAAUUACGGCCAAUUCAGAUUUACUCCUCCUACACAUAUGCUGGCAGCUCUUCAUGCAUCUUUAUGUGAAGCUGAAGAACAUGGAGGAAUUCAAAGAAGGCUUGAGAUCUUAACUCCCCCCCCUUUAAAUUGGAACAAAAUAAAGGUAAAAUUUCCACUUUUUUGGUAAAUUAACCCCCCUUUAAAUUGGAAAAAAAUUGAAUUUUAUAAUAAAACAUUUUAUAUAUAAAAAUCAUAAUUUUUAUGUAAAAAUUUUUGAUAUAAGUUAAAUGUUUCUUCUUAACUAAAAUUCAAAAUUUACUUAUUUCUUGCUUUAUUUUAAAAGAAUAGAGUAUAAAUAACAUCUUAUUUAAAUAAAAUUAGCACUUUGAUCGAUAAAUUUUCUAACAAUUUUUUUUUUUAAUUUUGUUUUAAAAAUAAAAAUAAUAAUUUUUGUGCAAAUAGUUUUGAUACCAAUUAAUAGUGGCGUAUUAACUAAUAAUGAAAGUUUAGUACAUCUUGCUUUAUUUUAAAGGAUAAAGAGUAAAUAGCAUGUUAUUAAAUAAAUUUAUUAAUCUAAUUCGAUAAAUUUUUAAAUUUUUAUAUAAUUUUUUUUUUUAAAAAAUUUUUUUUACCCCCUUUAAAUUGGAACAAAAUUUUUUGUUCCAAUUAAAAGGGGGGGGGAGUAAGAGAAAAUCAAAGAGUGAUGCAUUCAGAGCUUCAUAAAAUAGGGUUUAAGCCUUUCCUAGCUCCUGAAAACCAGGCUUUGUGUGUAACUACAUAUUAUCAGCCUAGCCAUCCUAACUGGGAUUUUAAUACUUUCCAAAAUGCGUUGUGUGAAAAGGGAGUUUGGAUUUACCCAACCUGCGUCACUAAAAGUGCUAGCUCCGUUUUCAUUAAGAUUUUUUAUUUAUUUAAUUAAUUUUUUAAAAAUUAAUUAUUUAUUAGUUAGAAUUAUAAGAAGUAAGACAUUUAGAGUUUCAGUAUUAGGAGAUCAUGACACAGAAAGUACACUCCAUCUUGUAAACAGCAUCAAAGAGACUCUUAAAGAAAUGAAAAUAGAGAUACCAUUGAAAUAA